CUCCCCAGUUGCCAUCUACCUUGGGAUCAAAAGGAAGCCGAACCCCGGCUGCUCCGAUGUCCCUGGCAUGUGAGGGUGACGAGCGCCCGGCCCCCCGAGGCGCUGAUGGUGGCGCUGCGGGAGGCCACCCUGGCUGCCGGGUGCCGAGCUCGCCAGCCCCAGCCCUUCCUCCUCUCCUGCACCCACGACCGGGGGCCCGGGGAGCUCUUCUGCCACUUCGAGGCCGAGGUCUGCCGGCUCCAGCGCCUCGGCACGCACGGCGUCCUCUUCCGACGCCUGGCCGGCACCGCCGGAGCCUUCCGAGACACCCUGGCCCGCGUGGCCGGCCGGCUGCAGCUCUAGGGGACCCCCCCCCCCCCCCCCCGCA